GAGAAAGAUUAAGCUCGUUACGCAGAGACGAAGGAAGCUUCUCCAGAUUGAAAGCUGCCGGGAACAACUUUCUGAUUCUCCUUGAAUAGAUUGCUAGCUGGGAAGGAAGGGACAAAAUUUCUAGGGUUCGUGUAAGCUAAUUGAUAAAGUGAUGAACUGCCUUAUGCUUUGAAAAGAUGCAUGGAUUCUCCACCGUUGACGGCUUUGUGGAGAUAACUGAAUGCUUAGGAGAGAUGAUUAAAUAUGUGGCAAACGAACCCUCAGUAGGGCUUUAUUAUGUCCAGCAGCACACUCAAAAUGCAGUGCCCAAUCUCGUUGGUCUGAGAAAUGGUGUAGUGAACAAGUCGCGUGAAACAACUUUGCACACUGAAGAUUCAGAGGAUUCCAUAACCAUGGUGAGAUCGAUGAAAGAAUGUGGAUUCCCUGUUGCUGAUGAGAUGAUUAGGGACAUAAAGAAAUCUCUUGCGCUUAUGUCUACAAAACAACCAAAAAGAGGGCUAAUAGACAACCAGGGAUCAGCUUUUCAGCUAGGAAGAGCAAGUUCUUGGAAACCAGCCAGUUGGGGUCGUUCUCCAAGUCAUGAUUGGCAGGAUAGUGAAGGCAGCUAUUUUUCUACUGUAUUAAAAUCUGCAAAACAAAAGGCCAGCAAUUUGAAGUGGCCGCAAAUUGAUCCUAAAGAACUAACAGAGGUCUCCUCCUACUCUAACCCACCAGUAUCAGUUGCUACUGCAAGCACGAGUUCAUCUCUGCCAGAUACAGAAGCUGAUGAGCUGCCCAUAUCGAGCCAUAUUACAGAUGAACCACAAGAAGAACAAGUCGACGAUAGCUUGUCGUCGCAUAAUUUGUCUUCAUUGUCAGAAAACUUUGAUGAGUUCAAGGCUGAUAGAGAAGUUAAACUACGUGAGUGGUUGGAAGGGACUGAUAGUCCAGAUAAUCCCAUAGGAGCAAGUCAUGCAGAAAGAUCUUAGCCUGUAUAUACUGAUGUAUCUUGUGUUAUUAUCUAUUGUGAGUGAUAAUUGAUAUCACGAUUGUUUGUUAAUAAAAGAAAUUCUUCUCAAA